GCCCCCGGCCCGCCCCCGCCUCGCCUCCAUAAAAGCGCUGGUUCCCGGCCUCCCGGGAAGACGAACCGCCCGCCCCGGUGACCCGGCGCCCAGGGUCCCGCCAGAGCCCUGGCGCCGCGUCUGGGCUCUGGCUCCACACCUGUGACUUCAUGCGUGCGGCCGCUCGGAUCCCGCACAUUUGUGAUCACAGCACGGCCGCCGCCGGCAAGAAUCCCACUCCUUGGCGACGUCGUGGCCAUCAGCCCUCCCCCCGCGUCUGUGGUCCCAACACCUUGACAACGGGGCCACGCCUGCGACAUCUUCGGUGACACGCGGGGAGCCCCUGUCACCCGUGCCCAGCCCUCCCAGCACCGCCCCCCGCCCCCUCCGCCCAGGGCUUCGGAGGGAGUCAUGGCCGCGGCUCCCGAAAGGGGGCCCCCGCGCCCGCGGUUCGCGGACUGGCUUCUGGGGGAGGUCGGCAGCGGCCGCUACGAAGGCCUGCGGUGGCUGGACGCGGCCCGCACGCGCUUCCGCGUGCCUUGGAAGCACUUCGCGCGGAAGGACCUGGGCGAGGCCGACGCGCGCAUCUUCAAGGCCUGGGCCGUGGCCCGCGGCAGGUGGCCGCCCAGCAACAGCGGAAGUGACCAGCUGGCUUCCGAAGGCCCGCUCCGCGCCAGCUGGAAAACCAACUUCCGCUGUGCGCUGCACAGCACCCAGCGCUUUGUGAUGCUGCAAGACAACUCGGGGGACCCCACCGACCCGCAUAAGGUGUACGCGCUCAGCUCCGCGCUCAGCUCCGCACCGGGGUGGAGAGAAGGCCCAGGCACUAACCAGGGGGACGAGAAGGCCCCGGAAGACGCCCGACCCUUGAUGGGUGGGCUCCCUAGGCCGUGCCCGGCGGGAGCUGCUGCUGAGAGGGAGGGGCCCAGGCUGAGCUCUGAGCCCUGUGCCCCCAGCUCCCCUUUGGGCCCUGCUGGCAAUGCUGGGGACCUCUUGCUCCAGGCUCUGGAGCAGAGCUGCCUGGAGGACCAUCUGCUGGAAGCUGCAUGGGGGUUGGACCCUAUCCCCCCGGAGGUCCCUGGCCCAGCGCUCCCCAACAUGGUGCCAUACCUGCCUAGGGCAGUGGAGACAGCCCCCAGCCCCAGGCUGCAGGCCCUGCAGCAGGCCCAGGUGACAGACGCAGGCCCGGCCCCAGCCCUGGAGCCCUGGCAGCCCCCACGGGAGGCGGCGCCUGGCAUCCGGACGGCAGGUGAGGUCGUGGCCGGGCCCGGCCGCUCACAGAUCGGGUCACAGGCAGAGCCCAGCCCGGGGGCCCUGGAGGUGACCAUCAUGUACAAGGGCCGCACAGUGCUGCAGGAGACGGUGAGGCGUCCGAGCUUCGUGUUUCUGUAUGGGUCCCCCAGCCCAGCCGCCGAGGCCGCAGAGCCCCAGCACGUGGCCUUCCCGAGCCCGGCGGAGCUCCCGGACCAGAAGCAGCUUCACUACACAGAGAAGCUCUUGCAGCACGUGGCCCCCGGCCUGCAGCUGGAGCUCCGGGGGCCCAGGCUGUGGGCGCGGCGCCUGGGCAAAUGCAAGGUCUACUGGGAGGUGGGCGGGCCCCUGGGCUCCGCCAGCCCCUCCACGCCCCCGUGCCUGCUGCAAAGGAACCAGGACACCCCCAUCUUCGACUUCAGCGCCUUCUUCCGAGAGCUGGUAGAGUUCCGGGCUUGCCGGCGUCGGCGCUCCCCGCACUACACCAUCUACCUGGGCUUUGGGCAGGACCUGUCGGCUGGGAGGCCCAAGGAGAAGAGCCUGGUCCUGGUGAAGCUGGAGCCGUGGCUGUGCCGGGCGCACCUGGAGUACGUGCAGCGAGAAGGCGUGUCCUCCCUGGACAGCAGCAGCCUCGGCCUCUGCCUGUCCAGCUGCAACAGCCUCUACGAGGCCCUGGAGCACUUCCUCAUGGAGGUGGAACAGCCCGCCUAAGCGCCAGAGCCCUCUGCAGUCCAAUAAAAGCAAACCACGAAACCA